AUGGUGGUGCCAGGUUCACGAGACAAGCAUAUCAAACGCACACAAAAUGGCACCAAAACCACAAAACACCACCGAUGGGAGCCUUUCUCACAGCGUAUCGCAAAGCUCAAAAUCGACCCGAUCCACCGCGUGCGCCGUGCCAGCUUUGGUGAAGAUGAAGGCGAAACCACCUCAUAUUUCCGAUCUGCCCUCGACCAUUGGGUGGAUAUGAAUCUUUCAGACAACUUCUCAACCUUCUACCGCCGCGUAAAUAAUCUCUCCGAGAGCCUCGCCCAGAUCGUAUACCACGAGGAGAAGAUUAUGGGUCUAUUGGUGGAGUUCAUUGAGAAGAAUGACGAACACUCUAUGGAGCCGUUGUUGAGUCUGCUUGCUCAAUUCGCCAGAGACUUGGGUGUUCGAUUUGAGAAGCACUUUGCGGCUUCUGUCACUUUGGUGGCGUCCGUUGCUGCAAAACAUCCCGCUUUCGAAGUUGUUGAGUGGGCUUUUACUUGUCUAGCAUGGAUAUUCAAGUUUUUGUCUCGUCUGUUGGUGCCAGACUUGCGACAGUUACUGAGCAUCAUGACGCCCUACCUGGGCAAGGAACGCCAAAAGCCCUUCGUGGCUCGAUUUGCCGCCGAGUCUAUGUCUUUCCUGAUUCGCAAAGCAGGCCUCGUCUACUACAAAAAUAAACUGCCCCUCGAGAACGCUCUCUCCUACCUCUACGACGAUAUUUCCAAGACUGCCGAAGAUGGAAAGGAUGUCGAUAGCUACAAGGAGGGAUUAAUGGUCAUGUUCUCUGAUGCUAUUAAGGGUGUGAAUAAUGGUCUUCAUUCCAACGGAAUGGACGUCCUUCGUUGCGUGUUAGAUCAGAUCCCUCCAGCUGAUGAGAACCGCAACCCUCCCGCACAGGUUGCAUAUGGUGUAGUCACCAACCUUAUUCACCACACUACACCUGACACUUUCGGGCCCGUUCUUGACAUUGUACGGGAAUUUGUUGAAUCUCGCUCACAGGGCUCCGACAACGCCAAUAUUCCAGAAUGUUGUCAUUUAAUGCUUAUUUGCGUCGCAACUCGCAAGGGAGUUCGAAUUCGAGACUGGAAGUCGGUGCAUCAGACUCUGGUAUCACUUCUUGAGCAGGCGUCGAAAAACUCAGAGAAAUAUUCGAAGGCGAAUCUCGAACUCUUAACAGCUGUUGCCUACGCUCUUCAGAUCUCGCCAAUGGAUGAAAUGCUUCGAUUUGUGCGCCCUCUUAUGGAUCUGGUAUCUACGGGACCCCUCUCAAAAUACUUCCUGUUCUUUUGCACCACUUUCUCGGAAUGGGGUUCAGAGCGAUUCCAAAGUAUACUUCUUCCUCAUUUCCAGAAGUUCAUCACUACUUCUUGGCAGGAACGAGAGUGGGAGACAUGCUUGACGCUACUUCGACUGAACCAAGCUGGCUGUAUUACACCAGAGGCCUCCAAGCCUGGCUAUAUCUCAUGUCCAGCUGCUUUGAAGACUCGCAUUCUUGACUCUUUGGUUUACCCUUCCACAGAUGAUUUUGGGUUGAAUGCCUUCGUGAAAAUCUCCAAGGCCAUCUCAAUGUUUUCUGACUCUGCUGCACGUUCUGAUCUUGUGAAACGCUUGCACAGAAACCUGAAAUCUGCUUUCCACGAUGCUUCUCAAGCCGAAAAUGAAACAGAUGGAUCGCUAUUUUACCUUGGCCAAGGAUUCAAGACAUACGUUGAAUUGGCCACUGAGUCUGACGAACUUGACUUGAAUCUUUGGAAAUCCAUUCUGGCGGUCUCGACAAAAUUCUCUCGACUAUCUCUGUUCCUUGAGGGCGUACUUGAAUUCAUUUCUUCUGCGCCAAGCACAGCUGAUCUGGAGGAUCCCGCCGUAGACGAAUUUGCCAAUAACUUGAUUCUCAACCUGGCAAGCCCCACACACAGGCUGCGGCUGGUGUCUCUUCAAAUAUUGCGCGAGCUGGUUACUCGCAUCAAUAAAGAUGACCCUUCGCCAGUUUCCUUGGCUAUUGAGGUUGAAGAGAGUGCUUUGACCUUGCAGAGCGCCCGAACCCUCUCAAUGCACGUUCGCAAGUUGGCAAUCCUUUAUCCCCAGAUUGUUUCUCGCAAAUGGAUGGCCACUCUGAUUCCAUACUUCUGUUUUGGUCUGUUCUCAAAGAAGCUGACUCCCCUCUGGGAGGACUCUGCAGCAGCUUUGAAAACUAUCAGUGAAAACCCCGAGGGCGAGAAGAUUGUCUCGGAUCUGUCUAUUCAAUGGCUGCAAGAGCGGGACUCUGGCGCCACUACUGAGGAAGAUGCGGAGGAAGAAAUGGAUGAAAACCACCUUGCUGGUCACUUUGUGUGCUACAACGUUGGAAAGGUGGAAAGUCUUCUCGCUGCCAACUUCAAGACUGUGGAGAAUCCCGCUGCAAUCUUGUCCCAGCAGUUUGAGAAGGAUCACAAAAAGGCGGAUAUCAUUCCUGCUAUGCCUCGCAGUCAUGCGCUGCUUGUAUUGAAUGCUGUCCCGAAUAUUGCGGAGAAGCGUUCGCGACAAAUUGUGCCUCUGUUUUUGACUUGGGCAUUGCGCGAUGACCAGGACGAUGUUCCGGCCAGUAACCAGCCGGGCUCUCAGUCCGAGAAUGUUCCCGUUCGAUGGGGUUUCAAGGACCGACUCUCUAUGCUCGGUCUGUUUGGACAAUUCUUGAACCCUAUUGUUCUCUUUAGAGCACCCGAGGUCCACGAUGCUGUUCUAGGUCUUUUGUGCCACGGUAACUCGGAGAUUCAAAAGGCUGCUCUCAAAGUGCUCUUCACUUGGAAGGAUUCGCACGUUCUUCCUUACCAGGAGAACCUGCUCAACAUUUUGGACGAAACCCGAUUCAAAGAUGAGCUUUCAGUCUUCGUGCGUGUUGGUGGUGACGACAGUCUAAUCGAACAAGAGCACCGCCCUACUCUACUCCCUGUUCUUCUUCGCCUGCUGUAUGGUCGAAUGAUUUCUAAAGCCGGCGCAAGCGCGACCCAGGCCGGCCAGGCCGGUAGGCGUAAGGCUAUCCUACGCGCCCUCUCCCAUCUUUCCGAGGAGGAGUUCGGCCUCUUCAUGCAUCUCUCGUUCGGUCCUCUCGCGGAUAUUCAUGUUGUCCAGGAUGGGAAGACAAACGACAAGGCCUUCUCAGAAGAGCUGACCAGCCCGAGGAGACAGCUUGGUUUACUCAAGAUGAUUGACACGGUCUUUGAUACCCUUCAGAGCCGCAUGGCUCCCUACUCCGUGCAAACCUUGAACGUCAUUCUUUACUGCUUGGUGCGGGCCUGCAGAGCUCUUAACGACGAGAGCAACGCCAAUGAGCACUUCCUGAGUGUCUUCCAAACCAUCCGCCAGCAGGCUAUUCGUUGCCUCAACUUGAUCUUCUCCGUUUCAUCGGACCGUGAUUGGACUCCGUAUGUCAAGCUUAUCUUCGAUGAAGUGAUCAACAGCAGACUCGACCAAUUCCCCAUCGAGACUGCCCAGGGUGUGUCUGGUAUGCUUCGCUUAUUCCAUACUUGGGCUUCUUCUCCGAGAUCCACCGGGUACCUUGUGCAGCACAACAAGGAUGUGUUGAACAAGGUCAUUGACUGUCUCGCUGUUGAGUCAGCGCGUGAUGAAGUCAAGAUGUUUGUUUUGGACGAGGUUAUUGUACCAUUGGUUCGAUUGGCUAGCGGCAAGAAGCUUGAAGAGGAGGAAGAAAUGCCCGAUGUCCCGGCCGAGCAGAUUCGAUCUGAGGUUCUUUCGCCCUAUUUGGAGCAUGCUCUUUCUCAUCUUGGCCGUCUGCUGAAGAGAGGUCCUUCAAAGCCUGUACUUUUCUCUGGCGUAACUGCCCUGUCUCUCAUUGCGCCCUGUGUCGAGUCUUCUGGUGAGACGUCAAGCCUUAUCAGUAUCGCCACCUACCUGCUUCGCCAGCCCCCAGACCGUGUCAACCCCAAGACGAAGUCCGGUCUGCUGAAGAUCUUGGAGCACUUCUUGCCUCUCUACGACCCUAAGGAAGAUUUGGCUCUUUCUCAACAAGUCUUCGAGGCUGCUUCUUCGUUGUUUGAUUACUUCAAAGAUGACACUAACCGAGAAGUGCUUUCAAGAGUUUUCGUGGCGCUUGCUGCUCACGAUGAGACUAUGGUGGAAGUGGCUAGCUUGUGCGCUGAUUUGAACUCCCGCUCAAUGAAGAGACUUGAGCCCGAUUAUGAACGUCGUCUGCAAGCUUUCAGAAGGAUCAGUGACAAUCUUUCCCAGACCUUGAACGCCAAGCAGUGGAGGCCUCUUCUAUACAAUAUGCUCUUCUAUGUCAAAAAUGAAGACGAGCUGGCUAUUCGGUCAAGCGCUGCUUUUGGCCUUAAGAAGUUCGUCGAUAAGGCCGCCGCUGAGGCUGACGUCGAAGACUUUGAGGCUCUUGUGACUGGUGUCUUGAUUCCCUCCCUGCAGUACGGUCUUCGUCAGAAGUCGGAGCUGAUCCGUUCUGAAAUUGUCUCGGUCUUGGGUUACUUUGUCAAGAUGAACCCUACUCGACUUUCUGUGCAGGAUAUGAAUGGACUUUUGGUCGGGGAUGAUGAGGAAGCGUCUUUCUUCAACAACAUUCUUCACAUCCAGCAGCAUCGUCGUCUGCGUGCUCUUCGUCGUUUGGCCAGUGAGGCCAGAGAUGGAAAUCUCAAGUCUGACAACCUUAGCAAGAUCUUCUUACCUCUCAUUGAGCAUUUCGCAUUCGAGGAGGCUUCUGACGAGAAUGGUCACAAUUUGAUUGCCGAGGCUGUUGCCACCAUCGGCGCUGUAGCGGAAUGGCUGGACUGGUCGCAAUUCCGUGCCAAUUUCCGGAGAUACCGUGGAUACAUGCAGAGCAAGCCGGAGAUGGAGAAGAACAUUCUCAGACUCCUUGGUCGGAUGUCCGACGCUCUGUCUGCUGCAAUGGAGCAGAAGAAGAAGCCAGAAGACCAGACCAACGGCGAUGUCGAUGCCAAUGCUGUUGCUACUUCCAAGGUUGAUGUCGAUGUCGAUGCGAUGGAGGUUUCAGAGCUGCCUCAGUGCACACUCGCCAAAACUACACCCUCUCUUCCUCAAGUCUCAAAGGAGUUGAUCACAAACUUCAUUCCAUUCUUGACCGAAUUCCUUCAUCACAAGAAUCAAGCGGAAAUGAGUCUGCGUCUGCCCGCUGCCAUCACAACAAUCAAACUCCUUAAAAUUCUUCCCGAGCAGGACAUGGCUAUUCGCCUCCCGCCUGUGCUUCUGGAUGUUUGCAGCACUUUGAAGAGUAAAGCACAGGAUUCAAGAGACACUGCCCGGAAAACACUGAACGAAAUCGCGUUGUUGUUGGGUCCCUCCUACUUCAAUUACAUUUUGAAGGAAUUGCGCAACACUCUCCUAAGAGGCUACCAACUCCACGUUCUGUCAUUCACUGUACACUCCAUGCUUGUUUACACCACCGAUGAAUUCAAGCAAGGCGAUUUGGACUACUGUUUGACGGAACUCGUCGCAAUUGUCAUGGAUGAUAUUUUCGGUACUGUUGGUCAGGAGAAGGAAGCCGAGGACUACGUCAGCAAGAUGACGGAAGUAAAGAGCAGCAAAAGUUACGAUUCGAUGGAACUUCUUGCUAAGAAUGCGACUGUUCGCAAUCUUUCAAGUCUCGUUCGACCUCUUCAGGCACUUCUACGUGAGAAGCUCAAUUCCAACAUCGUCAGAAAGAUUGACGAGUUGAUGCGAAGAAUUGGCAUUGGCCUUCUGAGAAACCCUGAUGCUGAAAGCCGUGAUUUAUUGAUGUUCUGUUACGAGGUCAUCAAGGAAUCCUACCAGGAAAACACCACAGCCAAGGAAGCUACUCCCAAGUCCUAUGCUGAAGAACGCUUCUUGGUUAGGCUUCAAGGAGCCAAGCGUGGCGAAAAGCGCGGCACCACUUCUUCUCACAAGUACAAGCUGACACGAUUCGCCCUCGAUAUUCUCCGUGCUAUUCUCAACAAGUUCAACUCCCUUUCAACUCCCUCAAAUUUGUCUGGGUUCCUACCUAUCAUUGGCGAUGCCUUGGUUCAGUCCCACGAGGAGGUAAAGAUUGCUGCUAUUCGACUUUUGUCUACCAUUGUCAAGCUUCCCAUGCCGGAGCUUGACGAUAACUCGAAUGUUUAUCUCACAGAGGCUGUGAAGUUGAUUAAGGAAUCUCCAACCACCAACUCUGAGGGAUCACAGGCGUCAUUGAAGUUGAUUUCUGCCUUGAUCCGCGAACGAAAGGGCACCAAGCUUCGUGAUGGACAUCUUGCCUAUUUGCUCAAGCGCUUGACUGCUGAUAUCGAAGAGCCUGACCGACAAGGUAUUACCUUCAAUUUCAUCCGUGCCGUCAUGUCUCGCAAGCUUGUUGUACCGGAGAUGUAUGAGCUCGUUGACCAGAUUGCAAGCAUGAUGGUCACGAACCAGACUCGCUCUGCUCGUGAUCUCGCCCGGGGUGUAUAUGUCCACUUCCUCAUCGAAUACCCACAGGCCAAGAACCGGUGGACCAAGCAGCUUAGCUUCUUAGCCAAGAAUUUGGACUACAAGCACCAGGAAGGACGCCAGUCAGUCUUGGAGGCGAUUCACAUGCUGCUCUCGAAGACUGGUUCAGAGAUGGCUCAAGACAUCGUUAGCACUUUCUUCUUGCCGAUUGUCCUCGCCAUGGCUAAUGACGAGUCACCGGAAUGUCGUGAGAUGGCUGGUGCUUUGCUGGCACAGUUCUAUGGCCGCGCGGACCGGGAACAGAUGAAGACCAUUCUGACGCCUUUGCACGCAUGGUUGAACCAGACCGAAAAUAUGGCCUUGGGCAGUAUUGGACUGCAAGCCAUGCGGAUCUUCUUCGAGUCUGAGGAUACAGAGAAGGACAAGGAAGCCCGUUUCGUUAUCAGCAUUCUCCCUGACUUAAUGCAACCAAUUCUUCAGGACCAAGAGGACGGAAACUGGGAAACUCUUUACUUUGCUUUGCAGCUCUUCACCAAGCUGUGCAAGACCGUUCCCUCGCUUGCUCUAAGCCCACAAUGUGUCACCAUCUGGGCGGCUAUUCAAGAAUCGCUAUUCUUCCCCCACGCCUGGGUCAAGACCUGCGCUACCAAUCUUGUUGGUAUGUGGAUGGCCGAUUUGGCCAAGACACACGCCACCGAAGGCUACAGUGCUAUUCCUCUUGUUGGAAGCACUGGCCUUGCUCUGGACAAGGAGGCAAUGAUCAAGCUUCUUCGUGCCAGCCUGCGCUCUCUCCGAACCCCGGGUGUCCUGGAAGAGUUGGCCAUGCAAAGCGUUCGCAAUGUCGUUUUCCUUGGCCGAUGCGUGGCACAGAAUGGUCUUGAGCUGGAGAAGGCCGGCGGUGAAGAUGUGGAGUCCGAUGACGAAGAUGAGGAUGUCGAGAGUGAAGUUGACGGCGAGGCCGAGACCGAGAAAGAGACCAAGAACGUGCCUGUCCGGUCUGCCAUUGGAUACGUCUUCAAGCAAAUCUCUACUCUCCUGCGCCGCGAGGUUAUUUCAACCCGACCAGAGGCUCUUAUUCCCAAGACCGCUGCCAUUGCUCUUCUCGCAUCACUGGUUCGUCACGUCGAGGCCGAACAGAUCGAGCCAUCUAUCGCUGUCAUCCUACUGCCGCUGCAGCAUAUGACCGAUCCCUCCAUCCCCGCGCCACGGUCUCGCGACGAGACUUUCCAAAACACCUACAAGGGUCUCAUCUCUAACUGCCAUGAGGUUUUGGACACUCUCCAAAAGAAGCUUGGCGCCUCCGAGUUCAUCGCGUACAUGGCCAAGGUACAAGAGAACAUCAGACAGCGUCGUGAAGGACGACGUGUCAAGCGUCGCAUCGAGGCUGUUCAAGAGCCAGAGCGAUAUGAGAAGGAUAAGAGGAGGAGAAACGACCGAAAGAAGGAGAAGCGCAAGGAGAAGGGCCUGGAGCACCGCGGCAAGCGACGUGGUUGGUAA